UGAAAUAUUGCCACAGUAUCUUUUUAUUAGUAAAUGGAUGUCACUAAAAUUUCAAAUAACAAUAAUAGUUUUAAUAAUGAUUUAAAUGGUGGUAGCAACAUUGAAGAGCAAACAGAUGAGAUUACAGUCUUAAAAUCAAUGUACAACACAGAAGCUGAUGAAAAAGUCAAACUUAUUUCAGCAUUUGAAAAGGAAAGUCAUGAAUUGUUCAAAAUUAUUGUGAAAGUAUGCCCAAAGGCAGAAACUGAAAAGAUCCACAUUGAUGUUGUACUGCCCAUUGAAGAAGAAACACAAUAUGGAGCCACAGCUGCUGGUUGGGAAGCUCCACCCACCACCUUGAAAAACCUCCCACUCAACAGAUCAACCUCAGGUCGUAAAUGGCAAGGCUCGUUUGAUGUGAAAUAUUUAUCUCCUCUGUACCUGGACAUCACCUUCCCACCCACCUACCCAUCAAGUGACCCCCCAUCUUACCAGCUGUCAUGUCCAUGGCUGACCAGCACACAGCUUGAAUGCACUGGUCAAAUGCUGGACAAUCUUUGGCAAGAGGGGAAGCCAAUGGUUAUUGUAUUCACCUGGAUUGAUUGGCUGGAAAAUAACCUGCUCAGUUAUUUGGGGAUCACUGAUCAUCUGGUUUUGCAUUUGUUGUCAUCUACUCUCCCUGAUGAUGGAGACGAGAAGAAUUCAGCAAGUGAUGGCCUAGGGGAAGUGAUUGCUCAUAUGAUAAGGUACAACCAUGAGCAGAUGAGACUUGAGUUCUGUCAGUCAAUGCAGGAGUGUCCUGUCUGCCUGAUGGAGAAACCUGGCAUCCAUUUCCACAAACUCCAGGAGUGUCAGCAUUUCUUCUGUACAGAUUGUAUGAGGGAGUUUUGUGACUUGCAUGUUAGAGAUGGCACUGUCGAGGCAUUGAAGUGUCCAGACAUCAAAUGUAAAACAAUUCUACCACCAUAUAUUGUCCAGGCUGUUUUAGGACCAGAAGCUUACAACAGAUGGGAGGUGUUGUUGUUGCAGAAAACACUGGAUGCUAUGGCUGAUACUGACUACUGCCCACGAUGCAACAGUUUGGUUAUAGCAGAAGCAGAAGAGAGUCUCCAUCUUGCUCACUGCACUGUUUGUCUGUUUUCUUUUUGUACUGAGUGCAGGAGAUGUUGGCAUCAGGGACGACCAUGUCAAACGGAUGAUGAACUGCUGCAGGAUCUGAAUAAACGAGUCAAGAGGGGAGGUCUCAGUGUGGCAGAACAUGGCAAAUUUCUUGAAAUGAAGAGAAAACUUCAAGAAGAAAUUAAAAAUAAAGAAAUUGUUGUUAAGAAAACUCGAUCCUGUCCCAGUUGUAAAGCUCGUAUUGAAAAAAUUGACGGGUGCAACAAGAUGACAUGCAGAUGUGGUAUUAGUUUCUGUUGGGUGUGUGGUAGAAAAAUUGAUGGGUACGAACAUUUCACGCAAUCUGGAUGUUUGCUAAUUCCCACCUUUGAAAAUCUUAACCCACCCAAUCCAGUGAAGAGGAUGCCACCUGAUGAGCUGUUGCGCAUCCAGGCCCAGCUGGAGGUCAACCCAGAUCUUUCAGCCAACAGGUGCCUGUGCCCUGGUUGCAAGCAGGUCAACUUGAAGAAAACUGACCACAACAAUCACAUCAAGUGCUGGAACUGCAAGAGCAACUUUUGUUUUCUGUGUAAACAGCUGAUCAGGGGUGCCAUAAUGGCCCAUUUUAUGGGGCCAUGUGUUCAACACUCCUAGCACAGGCUGUUCUCUAGACCUUAAUGUUUAUUUUCGUGUUUGAGUGGAUCAUUUAACCCUAGUUUCUAUUUAAUUACAGAAUUUAUUGUAACAAAUUUUACUGCCUGUUAUACAAUAUGCUAUUAGUUAAAUCUUGCUAGUAAAGUUUUGUUAUAUUUUGUUAUAUUUUCUUCAAUAUUUUGGUUUAGUAGAAGCUAGCCAAAGCAAUCAGAUAUUUCUAUAUAAAUAUAAGCCAUUUGUUAUUGCUACUCAUUUGGAAAUGUGGACCUGUUUUUCCAUGAUUGUGAUAAACAAUGAAGAUGAAACACUGUUACUGGCUUGUGAUUUAUUUAAGUUUGUGUCAUUUUUUUUUUUAAAUUAAACUGGUUUACCAGAAAAAAUGUGCUGGAUUUUUUUAAAUUGUAAUUUGUAUACAUUCCAUCUUUUAUAUAGUUAUUGUUUUAUGCUGAAAAUGUCAAUAAAGAUGUUUUUGUUACAUUAAAAAUUUAAAAAAGCUUUUGUCAAAAUAUAUUGCUGUACAUUUAAUACUGCUGUACACUAAAUUAGCCUGAUUACCAAACAUUUCAUUCUUUCAAUAAACUAGGGUUAAUCAAAAUUUGUAAAUUAAAAUUUCAUAACAAACGACCAUAUAUUAGCAUAAUAAAAAUGUCUUCUUUAAUGAAUGAACACAUGAA